AUGUCGUCCUCCGCCAACGCGCAAGUCUUCGCGGGCUACACUAAACACAAUUCCAUACCCAGGUCGGAGACGCGCGAGGCUAUUCGCGCCCUGAUCCGUGACGCAUAUCCCGAGUACUAUGUAGACGAACGCAAAAUCUCCCUGCGCGAAUUCGCCGCGAGCGGACGUGCGGAUAUCCAUCUCGAUGCGUCCGACGAAGCGUUCAGCGGGACGCGAGAUUGGAGCGCGGUGGGCGAGGGCAUGCAGCGCAAGAUGAACGCCGGGGAGGCAAGGGAUGAAUUUAGAUUUGCUCGUUGGCGUGCUGACGACAUGUUCAGAUUCCAGUAUAAAUUCAACGGCGACGAGUUUAUCGUGUACUACCUGACGUACCAAGACGUGUUCAAGUCGCCGGAUCGCGCGUUUUUCAUCCUGUAUCCUCGCGGGGGGGAGUUGGGCGCGAGUUCGACGUGCCCGCCGCAGACGGAUGCGCUGGUCCUGGCAGCGGGGAAGUGGACGUCUCAACUGCACGAGGAGAUAUUUGUGUUUGACGAUGGGCGCUGGGAGAAGUCGCGCGAGCUCUUUCGGUCUGUGGAUGGGUCGUCGUGGACGGAUGUUAUCCUCGACCCAGACAUGAAGAAAGGCCUGAUUGAAGACGUCCAGGGUUUUUUCGACACACAGGCGGUGUACAAGGAAUUCGCGGUGCCAUGGAAGCGUGGAGUUAUUCUGCAUGGUGUGCCGGGAAACGGCAAGACGGUAUCCAUCAAAGCUUUGAUGCACGCGCUCAACCAACGACCAGAGCCCAUCUCCAGCCUGUACGUGAAGAGUUUCCAAACCAACUGCGGGACAGAGCAAGAGUCGAUCAAGGACAUCUUCAUCAUGGCGAGGAGCAUGGCGCCGUGUCUGCUUGUGUUUGAAGAUCUGGAUAGUUUGGUGCAUGAUAAGGUGCGGAGUUACUUCUUGAACGAGGUUGAUGGGUUGGAGAGUAACGAUGGGAUUCUAAUGAUCGGCUCUACGAAUCAUCUGGACAAAUUGGAUCCGGCGAUUAGCAAGCGGCCAAGUCGGUUUGAUCGGAAGUACCAUUUCAAGCUCCCGGAGGUGCGCGAGAGGACGGCGUACGCCAUGUACUGGCGCAACAAGCUGAUGAAGAACAACACGGUUGAUUAUCCCGAGGAAGUUGCGGGUCUGAUCGCGCAACUGACUGAGGGAUUCAGUUUCGCGUACAUGAAAGAGCUGUUCGUCAUGGCCUUGCUCAGUCUCGUGCGCGGCAUCAAGGUCGGCGAUGACUUCGAGAUGGUUAGCGAGGACGAUGCGAAAUCGCCGCCACGCGAGGAGACGCCUACGCCUGCGCCCGAAGUCUGCACGUGUGCGGCGAUAUGUAAAGACUGUAAAAAGCCUUUGCCCACGGAGGCUGCCAAGGAGGCUGAUGAAGCGGUCGAGGCCAAACAAGAAGCGGGAGUCAACAAGCUGGUCAUGCCGACUGUUGAGAUCCCGGAACACUUGCAAGACAACCUCUUGUUGAAGGUUAUCAAACACCAAAUCCGGAUCCUGCACGCUGAGAUGGACAAUUCGAACGACAGUGAUAGCAAGAAGAAUACGGAAUCAUGUAGCGAGUGCUGA